UCCCUGUGUCAGAUCGGGGAUCGUUUUUUUCCUUCCUCUACUCCCUCCCCCCGACCCGCCCCUCCCUCCCUCCGUCCCUUCCCUCCCUCCCUCCCCUGUCGGUUUGGUCUGUGCGCUGGGGCGCCCGAUCCCCUCCGCAGCUGGGACGCGCCGAACUCCAGGCAGGAGUCGGCUCUGCGGAGCCUCGUCCCUCCCUUCCCCUUCCCUGCCCCCUUCCCCCACCCCCGACUCGGGCUUGGCGCCGCGGCCAGAAGACCCCCGAGCCCGCAUUUGCUGCAUCGAGCAGUUGGUUUAGUACCAGCCAAACUUGCAGCUGUUCUGACCGCCCUGCGCCGAGCCCCAUCCCGGGCCCCUGAGCUGCAGGGAUGGAAAACUCCUCGGCAGCAUCGGCCUCCUCUGAGGCCGGGAGCAGCCGCUCCCAGGAAAUCGAGGAGCUGGAGCGCUUCAUCGACAGCUACGUGCUGGAGUACCAGGUGCAAGGGCUGCUGGCCGACAAGACUGAGGGCGACGGUGAGAGUGAAAAGACGCCGUCCCAUGUCUCCCAGUGGACAGCGGACUGCAGCGAGCAGCUCGAUGGCAGCUGCUCCUUCUCCCGAGGACGAGCCCCCCCACAGCAGAAUGGCAGCAAAGACAGCUCUCUGGACAUGCUGGGCACCGACAUCUGGGCUGCCAACACCUUUGAUUCCUUCAGUGGUGCCACCUGGGACCUGCAGCCGGAAAAGCUGGACUUCACCCAGUUCCACCGGAAGCUCCGCCACAUGCCCAAGCAGCCCCUGCCACACAUCGACCGUGAAGGGUGUGGAAAAGGGAAGCUGGAAGAUGGGGACAGUAUCAACCUGAAUGACAUUGAGAAAGUCCUCCCGGCCUGGCAGGGCUACCACCCGAUGCCCCAUGAAGUGGAGAUUGCCCACACCAAGAAGCUGUUCCGAAGGAGGAGAAAUGAUCGAAGGCGGCAGCAGAGACCUCCAGGGGGCAACAAGGCCCAGCAGCAUGGUGACCACCAGCCGGGAAGUGCCAAACACAACAAGGACCACCAGAAAUCCUACCAGGGGGGCUCAGCACCCCACCCCUCAGGCAGGCCCACCCACCACGGCUACAGCCAGAACCGGCGCUGGCACCACAGCAACAUGAAGCACCCACCAGGCGACAGGGGAGAGACAGGAGCCCACCGCAAUGCCAAAGAGACCGUGCCCACCGAGAGCCCCAAACCUGAGGACACCCUGGGGGACACCGGGCACAGUGGCCUCGAGCCCCCCUGCAGCCCUGAUGCCUUGGCCCUGGCAGCUUCCGAGAGUCUGGCCCCCCAGCAGCCAGGGGGCCCAGAGGCCGAGACAAAGCGUAAAGACAGUAUUAUUCCCGAGCGCAUCGGGGAGCGGCCCAGAAUUACCCUGCUCCAGUCUUCCAAAGACAGACUGCGGCGAAGGCUAAAAGAAAAGGUACCGGAUGAAGUGGCCGUGGAGGAGACCAACCCGCAGCAGAACAAGAUGGACAAAUUGAUUGAGAUCCUGAACAGCAUGCGGAACAACAGCAGCGAUGUGGACGCCAAGCUCACCACCUUCAUGGAGGAGGCCCAGAACUCGACCAACUCCGAGGAGAUGCUGGGAGAGAUCGUACGGACCAUCUACCAAAAGGCCGUGUCCGAUCGCAGCUUCGCCUUCACCGCCGCCAAGCUCUGUGACAAGAUGGCACUCUUCAUGGUGGAGGGGACCAAGUUCCGGAGCCUGCUCCUCAACAUGCUGCAGAAGGACUUCACGGUGCGCGAGGAGCUGCAGCAGCAGGACGUGGAGCGCUGGCUGGGCUUCAUCACCUUCCUGUGCGAGGUGUUCGGCGCCAUGCGCAGCAGCACGGGCGAGCCCUUCCGCGUGCUCGUUUGCCCCAUCUACACCUGCCUCAGGGAGCUCUUGCAAUCUCAGGAUGUGAAGGAAGACGCAGUACUUUGCUGUUCUAUGGAGCUACAGAGUACAGGCCGGCUGCUGGAGGAACAGCUGCCCGAGAUGAUGACAGAGCUCCUGGCCAGCGCCCGAGACAAGAUGCUGUGCCCCUCGGAGUCCAUGCUCACCCGGUCACUGCUCCUGGAGGUCAUCGAGCUCCAUGCCAACAGCUGGAACCCUCUGACGCCCCCCAUCACGCAGUACUACAACAGAACCAUCCAGAAACUGACAGCCUGACAGCCAGGGGGCCUGGCGGGCGGCCCAUGGGCAGCUGGGGCCCUAGUGCGCAGGGCCAGAUGGACAGGCGGGAGGACAAGGGUGGCCCUGGUGGGAGAAAGAAAUGGGGAGGAGGAAGGCAGGCCAAGUCGAUGGCCAGUCCAGAGCCAGACGGGGAAGGGAUCAAAUCCCUAAGAGAAACCGUCUCCCCACCAAGGAGCCCCAGCCCGAGCAUGCGUCAGCUCACACCAGUAAGGGAAGCAUGUUUCUCAUGGUGGCCCUGUCCCCCCCCAACUCCCACCCCACUCCACCCCCUCCCAUCAAGCCCACCCCAGCAGAGCUUCAUGCGAGGGGAUCUCAUCUCUGUGACUCCUUAGUAGCCUCGCACACCGGGGUACCACUUGGGGCAGAAAGGACCUUGGAAGGCUGCAAAAGUGGGUCGACAUUGGGCUCUCAUUGUUCCCUCAUGCUGUCAGCCACAGUGGCCAACUGGCAGCAGGCGACGUGUAGCAGAUGUCCGGGAGGACAAAGGCAGGCACGGUCCCCACCAGCCGCCCAUAAUUGACGGCCUUUGUCAGCCACAGCGGAGCUGGGGGGCGGUGAUUCUCUAACCUUCAUGCUCCACCCUCCUGGCUUCGGUUCCUCCCCCCUCCAGCCCCCAGCCUCAGCCUCAGGGGUGGCGAGUGGGGGGCAAUGGGAUUUGCAGGUUUGCUUGCACUCUUUUGUUUUAUUGUGUUUUAUUUUUCAAAAGUUGGUUGCUUUGAAGUCUCUUCUCUCAGUGAAAAUGCCCUCGAUGUGAUCACACAGUCAGCACCGCAAGGACCCCCUGAUUAGUGGGAGAUCAAACCCGGCCCCCUCUGGAAGGAUUCUAGCCACAGACAGCUUGCCAGUAGCCAAUUAGGGUAAUUGGAAACUUCUGCCCCAGCGGGGGUCCCCGCUGGAAUCCUGUGUUCCUGGCCACCGGCCUCCAGCGCCUCUGCUCUCUUGCUGUCUCUCAAAGGGGUGAUACUGUCGCCACUGGUCCUGGCCCCAGGGUCUUGUGGCGAACAGGGCCCGGAAGGAGGCUAGCAAAUUAAAAUCAAAAUGCUACGUGGCGUUUCCUGGCUCCACAUGCAGGUCUCAGUGGGAGAAGAGCCGGAGGCUGCCUUGCCCCUUGGGACUUGGAGGUUUAGCUAAUAGGCUGUGUCGCUGUCCCAGCCUCAUCCCAGGCAGAAAUGUUGGGAAAGGGGUGAAUUCAUUGAGUCAUGAGCCGGACAGUCAGGUGACCAGGCAGGGCCACCAGAUGGAGCUUUCUAGGCUGGAUACGAGGUACGGGUAUCUUGGGAGGUCCCAGUCCUGGGGAGCAGCCCUUUUGUGCUGGCCAGAAAGAAGGAUACGGGUCAAGCUCUGGGAGUCUGGCUCCAUCUCUGGGGUCUGGAGCCCACACUGUGAUGAGCCCCCAGAAAAUGAUAUCACAGCCCCGCCGCUUCCUUAUUUACUCCUUUAUUGAGGUCCCACCCUAGAUCAGAUCGGAGGCUCCUCCUGACCUCCUGGUCCAAAUCAGACCGGCCAGGAGACGGGUGGGGUGCAGAGAAGGUUCCUGAGUUCUCCCUAGCUUUCCCACUGGCUGCAACCUGCCUCCAAGCCCCAGCACGGGAACUUACACCAGUUCCCAAAAAGAGUUAUUGCGGACAAGGUGUGAGAGCACAGGUUUACCUGAAACAGGUCAGUGGCUCUGCCAAGAAACCCUACUGCCCCUGCUCCCGCCCUCACGCACCUUCCCUUCCCGAGCUUCCUCAAGCCUCUCUUUCCUGCCUGUCCUCCCACCGGCACCUGGGACCCAGCCUGGGGCCCGGGAACACCAGAAGCCCCACAGGAGGCCUUGAGGGAAGAGCUGGGCUGAUGUUAGGGGGCUCAGAGGGGCCACCGGGGAAAUCCCACAGCCCAGCCAGGUGAGCAUAGCCCUCAGAGAGCCACCCUGUGCUUACACAGGCCCUGCUUCCCUAAGUGCACGUGAGGUGUAUGUAUGUGUGUGUGUGCGUGUGCACGUGUGCGUGUGCCUGUGUGUGUGUGCACGCGUGUGUGUACGUGUGUGUGCAUGUGUGUGUCUUACUCGCAUAUCUACUAAGAACAAAGCAGGGCACAGGAAGAGAGAGGCCUGGAAGUGGGGGCUCCGGUCACAGUGGAAGCAGGGGAGUGGGGUCUCCUAGACCCUACCGUGGGCUCAGGAGCAAGCCUCAUGAAGGGGGCCCCCCAACGCUGUGUGUGCAGGGGGCUGAUGCUCCCUGUGGAAGCAAAGACAGGAGUACUGUGGGUGUGUGGGGACUAACACACCUUCCUCCUAAUGGCCCUCCUCUGUGGUCAUGCCUCAGGGCCAACCCCUCCUCAGCUGUUAGGGCCAGAGUGUGAAGAAGUGGGAUAUAAAUAUGUAUACAUAUAUAAAUAUAUUUUUAAUUACUUGUCAUGUCGCAGUGGCUCCAGACAUACAGUUUGCCUAGUUUAUUCCAUUGCUUGAAAGAGCUUUCUGGCCAAUCUGAAUAACACUUUCAGCUGUUUUUCUAAAUGCAGGUUGCUGGUACCUUUUCAGACGUGGAAGGAAAAUGUUCCAAAGAAAUUUUUUUUAAAGAAACAACAGUAAAGCCUAAAAUUUGAGACUGUGAGGCAGCUUCCAUGGGAAACUACUCAGACAGGAACUGGGGGGCAGAAGUGGGCACCCCACAGAAUGUGUUUGACAGGAGGCAAAGCUGGGUACUGCAUUUCUAAGGGUUGGGUUGUUUCCCCACUGGCCCGCGGUUCUUGGCGCGGCGAGAGGCACAGCCCAGCUAUCUCAUGCUGAUCCCGUCUCCGUCUCUCCCCCUGCCCGUCAGGAUGAGUUAGUCAUUGUUUUCCUCUAAGGCAGCCUGCUUCCCACGGUCCUGCUCCCCACGGCCUGGAGACUUUGCCCAAGCUCUGGGACCACAGCCUCCAUAAAGCUCCCAACCUCCCCUGGACAAGGCCAGGGCCCCCACCCCAUACUCAUGGGGAGUGUUCCCCCCAAACCCAGUUUCGCCUGUUCGUCCUUCCUUAACCCGUCUGUAAACCAUUAUGGUUUGGGGAUUGUCCUGUCCAUCCAUGUAAAUGUAAAUGUUGGUCGAGUCGGUAUUUAUUCUAAUUUUUAUUUUUAUUUUAUUUUCUCUGAGGGAUGUGGGUGGGGGGUGUGGGAACUGUACCACUGAUCACUCUCUGGACAGCUGCAGGGGUGGGGGCCCAGACAGCCAGGUGGAGUAGCCCCAGGGGGCCACCCCAGACGCUGGCCUCCGGGAAGCCAAUCCCAGUCUGUUAUCCGGCAUCAGAAUCGGGCCAGUGUUCCUUGUCUGAUGGACUCCCGUGGCCUGCCCAUGGUGUCGUGUCACUCAGCUGCCAGGCAGUUUGUUAGGAAACCUCUGGCUGGGCCUUUGAGGACAUGGGUCAGAGAGAAGACAACUUUCCUCCACCCGGGACACUUGCACGGAAGGGCUGGCCACCUCACCUGAGCCAGCUGCAAGCCAGACGACAGGACCUACCUCCCUGGAGCAGGGGCCUGGGGCUUCCCGCCAAAGCUGCAGAGAAUCCUGCUCAUGCGACCACCUUCCCUCCAUCAGUAUGUCCUGCUUUCCAGCUGAACCCAAACUACAAGUGGGUUUAAAAAAUAAAC